AUGCGUGCAUUCCUGAUCCUGGCCCUUGUGGGAAGUGCUGCUGCCCUCCCUCUUGAUGAUGAUGACAAGAUUGUUGGAGGAUACACCUGUUCAGAAUAUUCUGUCCCCUACCAAGUGUCCCUGAACUCUGGCUAUCACUUCUGCGGUGGCUCCCUCAUCAAUGCCCAGUGGGUGGUGUCCGCAGCUCACUGCUACAAGUACCGCAUCCAAGUCAGACUGGGAGAACAUGACAUAAAUGUUGUUGAGGGAAAUGAGCAGUUUAUCACUGCUUCCAAGGCCAUCCGACACCCCAAGUACAGCUCAUGGACUCUGGACAAUGACAUUAUGCUGAUCAAGCUCUCCUCACCUGCAUCCCUUAACUCUCAGGUGGCCCCUGUAGCUCUGCCCAGCUCCUGUGCACCUGCUGGCACUUUGUGCCUCAUCUCAGGCUGGGGCAACACCCUCAGCUCUGGUGUUUAUAACCCAGACAAGUUGCAGUGUCUAGAUGCCCCUGUGCUAAGUCAAGCCGACUGUGAAGCUUCUUACCCUGGAGAGAUCACUAACAACAUGGUCUGUGUUGGCUUCCUCGAGGGAGGCAAGGAUUCCUGCCAGGGUGACUCUGGUGGCCCUGUGGUCUGCAAUGGAGAGCUCCAGGGAAUUGUUUCCUGGGGCUAUGGCUGUGCUCAGCCAGGUAGUCCUGGAGUUUACACAAGGGUGUGCAACUACGUAGACUGGAUUCAGGAAACCAUUGCUGCCAACUAA